UUGCUUCAUGAGCCGCACUCUUUUAUAUCUUUAGACAUUUUGUUUUCUCAAGUAUCUAUCUUCAGUUGAGAUAAUAGUAGUAGUAGUAGUAGUACAUGAACACUACUAACUAGAGUCUAGUGGGUUGUUGAUAUACACUAUACAUUGCUGUAGUGUUUGCUUCAUUUUUAAUUUCAAAGGGGAUUUCAUAUCUUUUGCUUUUACUUGUUUGGCUUUUGAGCGGGACCCCCGGCACUGGCCGAGUGGAGAACAGAAGAACAGAAGAGAAGAGAAGAGACCCUCAGCUUAGACGCUGUGUGUGCCAGCCACCCUUCAGCCUUGCCUUGUGUGGGCCUAUUAUUAUAUCUCUCUUCUCAACUCCUUCCCAGCAUCUACUUCUUCUUCUUCUCUUCUUUUUCUUCUUCUUUUACUGCUUUUGUUCUGCUGCUGCUGGUUGAGAGUUGAGAGUUGGGAGAUGGCGGAGAACUUGAAUGAUGGGGUGUUUUGGCUCCCAGCUGACUUCCUUGAUGAUGAUAUCUUCGCAAAAGGAGAGACUAUAGGGACAAGUGUUGCUUGUUUCUCUAACGGUGUCGGUGUGGAUCUCAACUCGCCGACAGAGACCUUGACCGAGACGGAGAGCGAUGAGGAGGAUUACAUGGCUGGGCUUACCCGUCAGAUGGCUAGCUCCUUUCUUGACGCCGACGAAGACACCGUUGCUUUCCCUGGAUCGAUUCCCAAGGUACUUACGGGUUCGCCGCAGUCAACGCUUUGUGCUAUGGAAGGAUGGUCGAGCUCGAGCGGGGGAAGCCCUAACGGGCCAUCGCAAGUUUCGUCGCCUCCUUCGACCCCGUUCGAGCAGGCUCACUCCGGUUCUUCAGAUCUAUUGUAUGUUGCGGCGGGGCAAGUGAUGCGCAUGAGGAUAGAAGAGCAAGAAAAACAGGUCAAGUAUCAAGGCCGUGGUCUCUUAGAGACACCAAAGAAGCCCUCAGAGACAACACCCACUUGUAAUAUUCGGCCCCCUGCCUACUUCGCCAACAACAUCCCCAUGCCCACCUUGCAGCAGCUUGAGUUUGAGCGACUGAAACAAGAGCAACUAAUUAAGCAACAAAUAGCUGCUGCUUGGGUGAAGCCAAACAGGGGAAGAAGGUAUGACCAUACGCUCGGCUUGCCAUCCUCUGCGUGGCCACCUCUCCAGCCUCAACGUCAGCAGCAACAACAACAACAACAACCUCCUCCGGCAUCGGCUGGAGCUGGGAUGAGAGCCAUUUUCCUCAAUGGUUCUGGAUCCCGGAAACCUUCUGGUGGCACCGGUGUCUUCUUGCCCCGUAGAGCUGGGAAUACCAACGAGGCACGUAAGAAGCCAGCCUGUUCCACUGUGCUGCUACCAGCCAAAGUUGUGCACGCUCUGAACCUGAAUCUUGACGGAUUGAAUGCUAAUAUCGUGGACCACAAUGUUAUGGAUGGUACUCGUCCUGGUAAAAGAAAUUACAACCAUCGUUCUCAGCAGCCUCCGCAGUGGGCUUAUUAAUGGGUACCCAGUGCCAUCGCCACUAGUACUACUAUUGCUAUUACUAUAACUUACUGUUAUUCUAGUUUCUAGCUGACAGAGUGACUGACUGAUUAUAAGCGUUGAUGUUCUGGUUUAGUUUUAGUGAAAGCAAAAAAGCAGCAGAGUAGUAGGGUUUCGUUUCUCUAUUUGAUUGUAUUUGUGAUAGUUGAAAAUCAAGGGGAAAGCAUGCCACCACACAAGUAACUUGCUGUCUGUUCUUUGUUUUAGUUAAAAAAUAAGGUUAGAAGAAAAGGUGUGUUUUGUGAGAAGAAAGAGGAUUUCGACUGGUUUACUGUUACUGCAAUAAGUGCUUGGAGUAUCCGUUCAUUGAAGCGCCGCCGUCCUCGCUUCUCUUUGUCUACUUAGUUUUUGGAAUUUUAGUAUGAGAGAGCUCUCUGGUGAGGUUUUGCGCCACUGAGCUGGGCUCUCUCUCUUAGAUGUAAUAAGCCAAAUAUGUAAUUUGGGGUUGUUUUGUUAUUUUAAGUAAGCAUUAAGCAAUCUGAAGGAAGAAUAUGUUUGAAUUGUCUCACCAAUGAUUCAAUGGAAAUUGUAUCCCUGUUGAUCUGUACUGUUGUAAUUACUUAAAUGAAGAAAUUAAUGAUCGAGAAACACUGUUUGUUA